AUAGCAACUUUCAUGACAAUUACCAAAUAAAAUCCAUUUUUUUUGGGGAAAUUUUUGUUGGGCUCGUCUCUUUCCUCUUCGGAAAAGAGCCUGAAACCCUAACCGCCUCUUUGAUCAUCUCUUUGGCCUCGCCGGCCAAACUUCCCGAUCAAGAUGUUCAAUCUUAUGACGGAAUCUUUUGAGAGGAUCAAAGGGAAGUAUCCAGGAGAGGGGGAUGGGGAUUCCGUUAACGGGUCUACGCACGGCAUGAAUGGCUUCUUCAAACAGGUGGCAGAAGUGGAGAAGCACAUUGAGGAAGUAAGCACACAAUUGGACAAGCUUCAGGCUGCAAAUCAAGAAUCCAAACAGGUGACAAAGGCCUCUGCUAUGAAAGCAAUCAAGGAACGAAUGGAGAAGGAUAUCGGUGAAGUUGCAAAAAUUGUUAUAAAAGUCAAAGCUAGCCUGGAAGCACUUGACAAAGAUAAUUUAGCCAACAGGAGGAAACCAGGAUGUGAAGCAGGGACAAGUGUCGAUAGGUCUAGAACGGCAAUGACUGCGGCACUGAGAACGAAGUUAAAAGAGCGAAUGUCCCAAUUUCAGAUCCUGAGGCAAAAUAUCCAGGAUGAAUAUCGUGAGGUUGUAGAGAGAAGAGUAUUCACAGUAACAGGAACACACCCUGGUGAAGAAACAAUUGAUGACUUGAUCGAAACUGGAAACAGUGAAAAAAUAUUUGCAAAUGCAAUUGGUCAAGGACAGAUUAUGGAUACAUUGGCAGAGAUUCAAGAGCGUAGAGAUACUGUGCUCGAAAUAGAGAGGAUGCUUCUUGAUCUGCAUCAAGCUUUCAUGGAUAUGGCAGUAGUGGUCGAUUCGCAGGGAGAAAUGUUGGAUGAUAUCGAAGCUCAGGUUGUUAGCUCGGUUGAUCAUGUUCAAAAGGCGACAAUGAAACUCCAAGAAGCGAAGAAGAUUCGAAACAAUACGAGGAAAUACUUGCUCAUCGCCCUUAUCGUCCUGAUCGUUAUCAUAAUCAUUGCUCUCAUUCCUCUUUUCAAAAAAGGUUCAGAUGACCCAAGUCAACAAGCCCAAAAUAUGCCGAAGCAAACCUGAUACGAAGCUUGAUUUCCAACUUUGUGUUAUUAUUUUUCUAUUUGUGCUUAAUGGUUCUUCACAUUUUCACCUGUAUCAUGCUAAUAUUGUAAUAUUACAACUCCAUUGAUGCGUAUAUAGUAAUAUUGGUAUUAUUUGUACAAA